ACUACAGAAAUUAAAAAAGAGAGAGCAUAAAAUAGUUAACCACAACAAACACCUUCUACCCAGAUCCAGUUCUCCAACCGGACGCACAAAUCGAAAUCAACGAUCAUGUCUCUCAAGACAACAAUCAUCUUCAUCGCGAUCACCUUCUUCUGCUUCGCCCUAAUUCCCCCAACUUCCUCCUCCAAACCGCCCCACCUCAUCACCAUCCGCGGCUACCCCAACCUCUACCCCGAAUCCCUCUCCUACGACCCCUCCGCCCAGCACUUCGUCCUCGGCUCCCUCCGCCGCCCCACCCUCCUCUCCAUCUCCGACGCCUCCGUUACCGCCACCCUUCUCCCUCCUGGCGACCACCCCUCCCUCCCCGACAACUCCUCCUUUGUCGGCGUCCUCGUCGACCACCACACCCGCCGCCUACUCGCCGUCCUCCGCUCCCCCUCCCUCAACGCCCUCGCCGCCUUCGACCUCCGCUCCCCCCCUCUCCUCCCCCUCCUCUUCCUAACCCCCCUCCCCUCCUCCUCCCCCAACGACGUCGCCGUCGACUUCUCCGGCAACGCCUACGUCACCGACUCCGCCAACAACCGCAUCUGGAAAAUCACCCCAUCCGGCGCCGCCUCCGUCUUCUCCACAUCCCCCGCCUUCACCUCCCACCCCGUCGAGCCCAACAAAAUCUACACCUCCUGCGGCCUAAACGGCAUCGUUUACAACGGCAAGGGAUACCUCCUCGUGGUCCAGUCAAACACGGGGAAGAUGUUCAAAGUCAACGAACAAGACGGAACCGCACGAACCGUAUUGCUAAACAAGAACCUAACGGCGGCGGACGGGAUGGCCGUCAGGAGCGACGGAGUCGUCAUCGUGGUGUCCCACACGACGGCGUACUUCAUCAAGAGCGACAGCAGUUGGGCGGACGGGGCGGUGUUUGACGAAACAGCCCUCGACGCGGAGGGGUUCGCGAGCGGGGUGGCGGUGGGUGGCGGGGACAGGGUGUACGUGUUGUACGGGCACGUGGACGAGGGCAUGAUGGGGAAUGAUGGGGGGAGGGAGGAGUUUAGGAUCGUGGAGGUGGAGUCGGAGAAGGAGAAGGAGGAAGACGCUGUUUGGAUAUAUGUGAUGGUUGGUUUGGGUUUUGCUUAUUUUUGCUUUUGGAGAUUUCAGAUGCGCCAGCUUGCCACCAACAUGAACAAAAAGACUGCUUGAUUACCCUUUUUCUGUUUUUUGUUUAACCAGUUUUUGCCCCAUUUUUUUUUGGGGGUAGAAAGGCUUUUUCUGUAAUUUCUUAUUGUUCUUGUUGGAUGUUUUUGUUAGAGGGUCCCUAGUCCGGACAGGGAUGCUGCGAGCAUCUCCCGGAUGAGCGGUGCCGAGCGGCCGAUCCGUCCUAAUCCUAUGAGCUUUCUACAACAGUAAACUUUAAUUUAAUUUUCUGUAUUGUAUCUGCCUCGCUUGUGACCUUAUCUUACAGAGAAAGUCUCUAGCCAUUGUUUCCUUUGUUGCUGGAUUAUAGUAGUAUCAAUCGAGCAUGUUUAAAGGUUUCAGUC